AUGCUGGGCGCCGAACGCGUCUGGAUUCUGCAGGAAAAGGUCGUGUUUGGAUUUAUUGUGGAAUCACCUGACCCUGAGUUAUCUAAUCGCCGAAGUUCUAAUUGGGUGACUUCAACUUUCAAGCUGCACGUUCAGAUCGCUCCAACUUCCAAGUUCAUAUCGCUUAGUAGCAUGUCUCGGCACAGAGAUAUAAGGAAUAUAAACAUCGAGAAUGAACUUGACGACGAGGCCAUCGACGAUGGAGGGGAAUACGAUAUGACCCCAGAACAGGAAGCGCAAAUGAACGAUGCCCUAGAGCAAGUUAGAAACAUCGUGGGCGAUGAAUAUGAUUGCGGCAUUUCCGACAAGGACCUAAAGAUGGCCCUUUGGGACCGUUUUUUUGAUGUCCACCAAGGAGUUAACUGGGUGUUUGAGGAGAAAGACCGUAGGGCUCAGGCCCGUGAUCGCAAAGGCAAGGAUCUGCCUCCCUUACCGCCAGACGAUGGGACCAUCUCGCCAACAUACCUGCAUGCCAACUACCAAGGAGGCGAGCGUCCCCGAAUCCCUUUGAUUGUCCUCGCGCAGCAGCAAUAUCGGGAGAACGUAGGGGAUGAUUCGCAAUCAUCAAUUCAACAGGACGUCAGCGCUGGUUAUCGAUUAUCUACCAUUUCUGAGCGCACUGAACGUACUGAACCCUCUCCUGCCUGGCCCCUCCGCAAGCAGGCUGCCACACCAUCCCCUCUACACGUACCACGCCCCGCGUCGGAGACCCCAUCUACCUCCUACGGAGAGAUCAUUGAAGGCCGGGAUGUGACUACAAUUGACCCAAACUUAAUCCCCUUGUCUCCCUCCGAUUCCGCUGUUUACAGACUUUCGAAGUACGAGCCACCUCCUUCCAUGCCUUCGUCUGGUACACGAACAGCAGAACCUUCACCGCCUAAUCCUCCGAGCGUUUCAUUACCGCCGCUUGAAAACAUCCCAGAUAUACCCGAUUUCAGCUCUAUACCCAGCCGGCAACCAACCGUGUCAGCACCCCCAAAGCAAUCCAAAUUGGCUGCGUUGGCCAGUUCUAGAGCCAGUAAGAUCAGCGCGGCCAAAAGCGACGCGUCAAGCUCCUCUACCACCAUACUCUCAGGAUCGAUUCGUACUUUCCCCGUCCUCCGCCCGAAUUCGCAAUCUAUUCGUCCGCCAAGUUCUACUGCCCCUUCUCAAGGUGCGGAGGGCGCUCCGCUGUCCCCAGAGUCUUCUAUCCAUUCGUCAGUCAUCAACAGGGCUAUUGAUGCUGCUAUAGCUCUCGAGACUCUGGACAAGUCAGCAACACAAAAGCCCUCUCCGAUCGCAAAUGACCCUCCUGCAAGAACUCCUACCCAAAGUCCGCGUAUGAUACCGCCUCCUGUCGAGAACAAAUCCUCGACAUCUCGACCUCCAUCUAAGCUGGCCCUUCUCGCUCAGGCUAAGGCUAAGGCUGGCUCUUCUAUGGUACCAAGCGCAGCAGAGUCUCUGGUAAAACUAUCUACUAAGAAGGCGUUGGCUUUGUUGCCAAAGGACCAUACCGAGAUUCUGACUCCCACGGCCAAUGGACCGACUGCUACGACUGCCAUCACGACGUCGUAUCAGUCCCUGUUUAGCUUGACGGAUCCGAGUCGACCUCAUGUCGUGCCCGCCCUUCGAGUUGUCCCUUUCGAAGCAACUAGGUCUGUUGACUCAGGGGACGCAAAACAGUCUAAGCUCGCGAUGAAAAUCCGCAGAGCGCAGGAAAAGCACACUCAGCCGUCUCCUGUAGAGCCUGUUGCAGCACCUCCAAUUGUGUCCCCUUUGUUCAAGGGGAAAUCCUCUCAAGCUCGUGCGUCGCCUUCGGCCUUUGGCUCUCUCCUUGUCCAUGAAACUCAAGAAACUGCUAAAGACAAACCACAUCGAAGGCAUAAAGAGAAGAAGCACUCUGGGGGUAUUGACGGAGAGGAAGUGGAAGAUGCUCAUCGGUCACGCCGGAAGCACUAUUUAUCACCGGUUCCUGAACUCGCUGUGCCUUUCGGUUUCGCGUUCAAUGAGCCCAGCCCCGAUGACAUCGUCUUCAACGCUCGCAAGGGAACCUCGCUGGGCAAAGGCUCUGAAUCGUCCCGCCAUUCUGUUAAAUCCCCCGCUAGAGAACGCGAAAAGGCUGCGAAGAUGUCUUCGAGGAUGCCAGGAGUGGGCUCUGCACAAGCUUCGCGUGCUGGGUCACCAGCGAAAGGACCUCGAAAGGGCGUUGGUACGCCCAGGAAAACAUCUGGUACAUCGACCCCUCUGCGAGGAGCAGGAGUUGAUCAGCGGCAGCUUGACCUGUCGGGUUUGAACCUGGGUCCCAAAGAUGAAGGACCGUCCGUUGCGGAGGAACCUCCAAAGAUGAGUUUCGCACGGGAGAAAUUACUUGAGGAAGCCAAGAAGGCCCUGGAUGCAGAGAAUGUCAAGAAGGGCGUAAGCCUUGUUGUAAUCGGCCAUGUCGAUGCUGGCAAGUCGACUCUCAUGGGGAGAUUAUUGUACGAACUAGGUCGUUUAGAUGAAAAGACACGUACCGCGAACGAGCGUGGUAGUAGCAAAGUUGGCAAGAGUAGCUUCAGCUGGGCCUGGGGACUCGAUGGCACGACGGAGGAAAGGGAAAGAGGAAUUACUAUGGACAUUGCGUUGCAAUCUCUAACUACACCUCACCGGCAAGUCACCAUCCUGGAUGCACCCGGGCACAAGGACUUCAUCCCGAAUAUGAUUUCGGGGGCGUCUCAGGCAGAUUGCGCCUUGCUGGUCGUCGAUGCCUCUACGGGCGAGUUCGAAGCCGGCUUUGACAGAGGUGGUCAAACUCGAGAACAUCUACUUCUUGUGAGAAGUCUCGGCGUCUCACAAGUGAUAGUAGCCAUCAACAAACUUGAUAUGGUACAAUGGGAUAAGGAUCGAUAUGACGACAUUUGUAGUCUUCUGCGCCCAUUCCUAGUUCAAUCUGGGUUCCAGCCGUCAAAAACCAAGUACGUUCCGGUCGGCGCUGUUCAGGGAGUCAAUUUAGUUUCACUUGGUGGCGAUGAUGGCAAGCUCCUCAAGCAGUGGUACACCGGGCCUACGUUGGUUGAUUUGUUGGACGUUCUGGAACCCCCGAGGCGAGAUAUUGCGGCUCCGUUGCGUAUACCUAUCGCGAAUGUAUUCAAAGGCACAGGUUCUACAACAGGUAUCUCCGGGAGGAUAUGUGCUGGUGUCGUACAAGUCGGGGAAAAGCUUCAAAUACUGCCAGGAGACGAGACAGGGGUAGUGAAACAAAUAUUUGUUGAGGAGGAACCCAAACCAUGGGCUGCGGCUGGGGACAAUGUCACGAUAUACAUGACGGCCGUGGACCCCCUCCACCUUAAUAUCGGCAGCGUACUAUGUCCACCGAACGCUCCUGUACCCCUGGCCACCAUCUUCACUGCGCGCAUCAUUGUCUUUGACAUACAGGUCCCCAUCACGGCUGGCGCAUCUGUUGAGCUGUUCCAUCACUCCCGAGAUCAACCUGCCACUGUCUCCCGAUUAUUAGCUACGGUAGAUCGGGCAUCGGGGAAUGUGGUCAAGAAAAAUCCCAGAGUUUUGACUAAGGGAACACCGGCAGAGGUACAGAUUACGCUUCGGACGACGGCGACAGGGCCUUCUGUUACAGCACGUCCUAUUCCCCUGGAAACGUUCUCGGCGAACAGAGAUAUGGGCCGGGUUUUGAUUAGACGUGGAGGAGAGACGAUUGCCGCGGGUGAGUUAACUGUAUCUCCUCCCCACUCCAUACUAACUCUCAUCUUCAAUAGGCAUCGUACUUGA